AUGUCGUCCUUGGGAUUAUUGGGAACCUAUGGCUCGAAUUCCUCUUCGUCCGAGGAGGAAACGGAAGAAGCCGAGGCCCACGGACCGCCCGUGGUCUUGUCUAAUCCCUUUCUCUCCGGCAACAUUCCUCGCACUUUGCCCAAGCCCUCGUUUAUGCAAGAGAUCAAAGACUUUACUGAUAAAGACAAUCGGGCUACACCUUCAAUGGCGAGCGAAAUGUCCGUGUUUCGGAACCCGUUCCGAGACCGUGAAGUGCAGAAAAAAGCUGUUCUCGAGCGCCACGUGACCAUGACCACCAAGCAAGAAGAUUUGAAGACCAUUGAUGGACGUAAGGUGUGUUGGAACUUUCGGAAAGGCCGAUGUCGGUUUGGACACAAAUGUACCUUUGCUCAUGAUUCGGAUGUGAAAACGAUGCCUACGCCCACCAAAGAACCCACGCCUAUCGAAAGCGUGGCUCAGAAUGCGACCAGCCAAGCGCCAGCUAGUGUGAAGGAGCCUAUGACGAACUAUGAUGAAGGUGCCGUGAUAACGGGAGAGGAUUCUCAAGGUAUUGGCAAGAGGAAGAAGCGACCUGGCCUGAGUGACGGACUGGUGCCCGGGAAAAAGGCCAUGAAGUUUUACAACAAAGUGUACCAAAAUGAACCCCCGCCUUAAAGGUGGUGGACAUGAUUGAAAAUGAAAUUUUAUGAGCCACA